GACACUGACGUGACAAUUGAAAGUUUGACAUUUUGUUGCGAAAAUUAUAGGACGUUGCACAAAUCUUUAUCUUUAAUAAUUGAAUCUUUAAUAAACAGAUAAAUACCGAGUACAUCAGUGUUAUGUGUAUAUUAACCUUAGAAAUUACAAAUACUUGAACGAGAUUUACAGGUUUUAUCCAAACUAUUCAUCGAACUAUGCUUAUUGAGCAAAAAUUUUUCUCAGACAAAUCAUGCGUGUUUUGUCUCGGAUAAAUUUUAAUGUUACUUUAUAAUGAGACUUAAUUGUUGUUCAAAAACACUACUAUUUUUAUUAGACAAUCUUAUUUAUAUACUUUUAGAUUUCUAGAAAAAAUAAAGGUACAUAAGAACACAUACGAUAACUGUAAUAUGUAGUAUACUAAGAGAGAGUAAAAAGUUAUAGGAAAUGAAAAAAACAAUGUUUGGAACAAACUUUAAAUGUUAGUCUGAAUAUUUUUCUUCUUACAACUUAUCUGUUGUUAUGUACCUGGUAAAGCAAAACUAAUUUAAAACAGUGCUCAUGUCAUGAAUAUUAACUUGUUUAAAGUACAAACUGAUUAUUCAUUUUAUUAAGCUGUUUUAAUUUAUUUUGCUAAUCAGAUAUUUGUGCUAUUGUGUUUUUAACAUUUCAUUGUUAGCUUUUGUAUGGAUAUGCAUCUUUGUACUACACAUGUACUAAAAUUUGUACUUUGAAACUGUCAUGACAUGUGUACUGUUUGAAUAAAAAGGAAUAACCAUGGAUGGGACAGUAAAGUGAACAAAAGCGACAAGAAUUUGAAUGACUUUGAAAUUGUGAUGUCAUAUUCAGCAUCAACAUGAAAAGAUUUACAUCUGAGUAAUGUUGGGAAAUACAGAUAAUUCACAGGGUGGACAUACAGGACAUUUGAAACAUCAGCUUAAAGCUUAUUACAUUUACGAUGGCUGAAAGUUAUAGGAAAAGUAAUAGGGAUAGAAGUUAUAAAAGCUCUAGAAGUGAGAGAAAAUCAAAAAGUGUUAGAGAACAUAGGGAAAAAUCAAAGACAAAGCAUACAGAUUCAAAAACUCCACCUUUGCCAAUCAUGGAGCACUUCAGUAUGGAAGAAUUAUUGAAAAAAAGAAAAUUACUUUGUGAAAAUUUAGAAAAAUUUGAAACAUAUUCUUAUAAUGAACCUAAAACAAUGAAUAAUAUUAAUGAAAGAAAACGAAAUCAUAUAAAUAGAGAUAAACAGGACAAUAAAAGUAAAAAUUAUACUGAUGUUAAAAUAUUCAAAGAACCAUUGCCAGAUUAUAAUCAUGAAGUCAUACAUAGUUCGGAAUCUGAAGAUGAGGAACAUAUAAUCGAACAACGAAGAAAACAACGCAAACAACUAUUAGAGCAAUUAAAUAACUCACAAAACAAUAUUAUCAAUAUAGAAGAUGAUAUCAAAAUGAAUGAUAGCCAAGUUCAUUAUGAAAUAGAAAAUAAUGAUGCUGUAAAUUCAAUAAAAAAUACAAUAAAAGAAACAACUGAUAUGUUCUCUGAAAAAGAUGAAUUUCCUAAAAAUAAAAACCCUGAAGUUAUAAUUCAAGAUAAUAAUGAUAAGAAUGCAGAAUUGGCUGAUAACUGGGAUGAUGAGGAAGGGUAUUAUAAAGCAAGGGUGGGUGACUGCAUUAAUAAUAACAGAUACACUGUUAAAUCUAUUCUUGGACAAGGUGUUUUUGCAAAUGUUGUUCGUGCUCAAGACAAUACAUUCAAAGAUAAUGAAGUAGCAAUAAAAAUUAUAAGAAACAAUGAGCUUAUGCAAAAAACAGGUUUAAAGGAAAUGGCUAUAUUAAAAGAAAUCAAUGACAAUGAUCCUGAAGAUAAAUACCAUUGUGUCAAGUUACUUAGGAACUUCAUACACAAAGGACAUCUAUGCCUAGUAUUAGAACCGUUUUAUAUGGAUAUGCGAUCGAUAUUGAAAAAAUAUGGCAAACACAAUGGAAUUAGUUUAAAAGCUUUGAUGAUUUACACGAGACAACUAUUUUUGGCUUUAAAACUUUUGUCGAAAAUUGGUGUUGUACAUGCAGAUAUAAAGCCUGAUAACAUUUUAGUCAAUGAGAAUAAGAAUGUUUUAAAACUAUGUGAUUUUGGAUCGGCUGCAAAAGUUCAUGAAAAUGAACCAACACCAUAUUUAGUAUCGAGAUUUUAUAGAGCACCGGAAAUUAUUUUGGGUAUUCCGUACAGCUAUGGUAUAGAUAUUUGGUCUACUGCUUGUACAAUAUAUGAAAUGGCAACAAACAAUAUCCUUUUUACAGGAGGUUGCAACAACAAAAUGUUGAAAUGUUUUAUGGACUUAAAGGGUAAAGUUCCUAGCAAAUUGUUACGGAGAAGUAAAUUUAAAGACCAACAUUUUGAUUAUAAAAACAGUUUUCUGCUCCGCAAAAAAGACAAGGUGACAGAGAAAGAAAAAAUUGUUGAAAUGAGCCACAUAGUAAUUUGCAAAGAUUUGCAACGUGAUUUGAAGCAAUGUUUUAAAAAAUUAACUUCCAAUGAAGAAAAAAAGUUGUUACAACUAAAAGAUUUAUUGGAUAAAAUGCUUAUGUUGGAUGAGAAGCAAAGACUGUCCGUAACAGAUGGCCUUAAACAUCCUUUCAUUCAAGUACAAAUUUAAACUGAAAAUAAAAUAGUUUUAUAGGAA